UCCUGGGGAGGAGGCCUGUCUUCCGCAGCGCCCCGCCCGGCCGCUCACAGAUCUCUCCCUGCAGGUUCUCCCCAUGACACCACCUGGACAUCUCCACCUCCUGAGGGUGUGUGGCGCCCUGCCCCUCCUCCUUCUGGGGCUGCUGCUGGCCUUGCCACCUGAGGCCCAGGGGCUCCCUGAUGCUGGCCUCCCACCCUCACAGACUGCCCAUCGGCACCUCCAGAAGCAGUUUGCACGAGACACCUUCAAGCCUGCCGCUCACCUUGUUGGAGACCCCAGCACCCAGAACUCGCUGCGCUGGAGAGCGAGCACGGACCGUGCCUUCCUCCGCCACGGCUUCGCUUUGAGCAACAACUCGCUACUGGUCCCCGCCAGCGGCCUCUACUUCAUCUACUCCCAGGUGGUCUUCUCUGGGGAAGGCUGCUCCCCCCAGGCCGCCCCCACCCCUCUCUACCUGGCCCACAAGGUCCAGCUCUUCUCCUCCCAGUACCCCUUCCACGUGUCUCUCCUCAGUGCUCAGAAGUCCGUGUGCCCAGGGCCACAGGGACCCUGGGUGCGCUCAGUGUACCAGGGGGCUGUGUUCCUGCUCACGCAGGGAGACCAGCUCUCCACGCACACGGACGGCAUCUCCCACCUGCUCCUCAGUCCCAGCACUGUCUUCUUUGGAGCCUUCGCUCUGUAG